AUGUGGAAGGCAGCUGUAGGACACAAUGUGGCCGUGAAGGAGGAGUCCCAAGGAGAUGACUGGGACACCGAUCCUGAUUUUGUGAACGACAUCUCAGAGAGGGACCAGAGAUGGGGAGCCAAAACCAUUGAGGGCUCCGGACGGGCCAAGCACAUCAAGGGCCAGGCCCUGGUUCUGACUGGGAACCCCAUCCCAAGGAAGCAGCUGAUGCUCUUCUCCUUCCUCCUCCAGUCAGCGCUUGGGUUCGAGUACAAGGGCGAGGUGGAGAAGCACGCAUCCCAGAAAGAUUACGCCAAGGGGUUCGGUGGCCGCUAUGGGGUGGAGAAGGACAAGCUGGACAAAGCAGCCGUGGGGUUCGACUACAAGAGUCAGACAGAGAAGCACGAGUCACAGAAAGACUAUGCCGUGGGCUUUGGUGGGAAGUUUGGGGUGCAGAAAGACCGUCAGGACAAAUGUGCCCUCGGCUGGGAGCACCAGGAAGAGCUGAAGCGUCAUGAGUCCCAGACAGACUAUGCCAAGGGCUUUGGAGGUCGGUACGGUGUGCAGGAGGACAGAGUGGAUAAGAGCGCCGCUGGCUUUAAUGAGAUGGAAGCUCCAACUUCCUCAUAUGAGAAGACCAAACCUGUGGAGGCAGCCUCCAGUGGAGCCAGAAGCCUGAAGUCGCGAUUCGAGAGCAUGGCCAAGUCGGCUGACGAAGAGAAUAGGAAGCGGGUGGAGGAGGAACGAGUGAGGCGCCAGGCCCGGGAGCAGCGGGAGCGCCAGGCAGCCCAGCAGCAGCAGCAGCAGCAGGAAACCCAGGAGAGUGAGGAGACGAACCGUAACGAGCCAGGUCCCACGCCAGCUCUGGUACCCAGGAGGGUUUGCAAAGAACCAGCAAUGCUGCCUAGUCCACAGAGACAGCAGCAAGAGGCAGACAUACAGGAUGAGGAACAGCCCCCUGCACUGCCACCGCGGCCCUCAGACCUGGAAGAAGGUUCCAGCAAGCUGCAUGAGGAGUCGCAUGAGGAGGAGGCCAUCUAUGCCGACAGCGUGGAUCUGCAAGGGGACUAUGAGGAGCUGCCAGAGCCCUCAGACUAUAAAGAUGGUGCUGAUGUGGACAGAGACUAUGAGGAGCUGCCGGAGCCCUCGAGGGAGUCAGAGGCCAUCUACGAUGAGGGUGUUGAUACGAGUGAGGACUAUGAGGAGAUCCCCCCAGAGAGUGCAUCCAGCAGCAUCGGGAACAUUCCCUGCCCUGAAGUAUCUGAGAAUGUGUACGAGGCGGAUGAUGCUGGGCCUUCUGCUGUGGCUCUGUACGACUACCAAGGAGAAGGUGACGAUGAAAUUUCCUUUGACCCCAAUGACACCAUCACUCACAUCGAGAUAGUAGACGAGGGCUGGUGGCGGGGGCACUGCCAUGGCAGAGUUGGCCUCUUUCCAGCUAAUUAUGUGAAGCUACUUCAGUGAGACCUGCCAUUGCCCGAACCCCUCUGCCUCUUACUGCUUCAGCGCUUUAUGUGUAGCUAGGGCCGGGUUACAGUGAGCAGCUCGGCUCAGCCCAGCACGCCUGCGUGAGAGAGAAACUAACAUGAAAUGACAAAUAGGAUCCUGGGGGGCAGGCU